AUGUUAGAUAAGAAAGCAGAUAAGAACCAUACACAUGAUUUCUUCACAACUGUUGGUAUAGAAAGUAUUGAAGGAACGGUUGAAGAAACUGGUGGGGAUGCAAUAUAUUGUAAACCUCCUAACUUUCCACAAGGUUUAACAUCGGAUGACGACAUAACGACGAUGAGAAACAUUAGAUGUAAAGAUGUUUAUGUCAUGAAGGAUGAACAUAAUAUUAAAUUCACUGCUCAAGAUUUAUAUGACAAGAAAGCCGACAAGAACCAUACACAUAAAUCCUUCACUACUGUUAGAGCAGACGACAUAAUAUUGAACUUUGACCUUGGUUCAAGUGCACCAUUAGAAAAUCCAAGUACAAGCGUAAAAGAUACUCUUAACAAUUUAGAUAAGAGUUGCAGGAAUACCGAAGAUCAUGCCAGAAACUUUGAAGCAUAUGAACUACCAGCAAUGUUAGAUAAGAAAGCCGACAAAACAGAGCUUCAAACAUUAAAGACAGAAAUACUUCAAACAUUAUAUCCUAUAGGUUCUAUUUAUACGUCAAUGAACUCAACAAAUCCAGCAACAGUUCUGGGUUUCGGUACGUGGGAACAGAUU